AUGCAAGGAUCACUUCGUAAGAUUGCAAUCGAAUGGCUCAUUUUGGCUGCGCUUGGCAUCACGAUGGCGCUGAUUUCGUUAGCCGUUGAUACAGUCAUGUUCGUAAUCGGUUUAUCCCACCAUAUUCACUGGGACACUGUUCGUCAUAUCGUAAGCUAUCUGUUAUGGAUUAUGUGCACUGUAGCAAUAAUCGCAGCUGCGUGUGUUUCCGUGCAACGUAUAUCUCCAGAUGCGAUGGGAUCUGGAAUUCCCGAAAUGAAGACCAUACUACGCGGACUGAUUCUGAAGGACUACUUGUCUUGUCGUACGCUGCUAGCAACACUUGUUGGGCUUACGUUCGCUUUGGCAAGUGCUUUACCGAUUGGGAAAGCGGGACCGUUUGUACAUGUGGCAUCGAUAAUCGCGAAUCAACUUAGCAAAUUCGCUGCCAAGAUGCCAAGUGUUUAUGCAAAUGAAUGCCAACGAUCGGAGAUGUUUGCUGCGGCGUGUGCCGUCGGAAUGGCCAGUACAUUCAGUGCACCAAUUGGGGGAGUUCUGUUUUCGAUUGAAGUGACCACUACGUACUUCUCGGUAUCUAACUAUUGGCGUGGUUUCUUUGCUGCAGCCUGUGGCGCUGCCGUAUUUCGAUUACUUCGUCUGUUCGUAUUCAAAACAGAAGGUUGUUACUAUCAGCUGAAGCAAACAUAUUCGAUAAAUAAGGGCCGAUCAAACAUGAAAUGGAAUAACAUGUUUUCUUUCGAUAAUCAACUUCCAUCAUAUAUACCAGUGGUUCUCAUAAGGGGUAAAUUACCAAUCUUGCUUAAUUUGAAGGUGUCAAAGGGUAAUGAAGCUUGUCGGAAAAUUUGUGUUUCCUGCAGUUGUUAUUUUGUGGUAGAAGUUAUUUUUAAGUCGGGUAAUUAA